UGUUAAACAGGCCUGGCCGGCUCACCAGUGGUUAAUCCUGAACUGGUGUCAAUUGACUGGAGGAAUAGGAGGAGACAGAACAAGAUGGAGAACGAAGAAGCAAAGGGAGGCAAUUGACAUAACCAAGAAUGACUUUAAAUAUAAUUUGCACCGUGGUUUUGAUUUUAGCAGCAAUACCUCAAGGUAUUGCGAGGUUGCCAAAACCUCAGAAUGUGAAAAUUAAGUCGGUGAACUUGAGAAGUGUGCUGCAUUGGGAUCCUGUUAGCAGCGAAGCUACAUCUUAUGAUGUUGAAUACAAACAUGUGGGCUUUCAUCAAUGGAGUGUCAUUAAACAGUGCGAAUCCACUGACAAGACAGAGUGUGACUUCACUGACAGUAUCCGUCACCACUAUAACGUGACCCUGCGAGUGAGAGCACGGAGUGAGAGCAACACCUCUGCAUGGGUGGAGACUGAACAUUUUUGUCCCCUAAGUCACACUGAGUUAGGACCACCAAGCGUGACAUUGGAAGUAGAUUCCAGAGUGCUGUAUGUUUCUAUCUCCGACCCCCUGGAAAACAGCACAAACCAAUCACUGAAGCACUACUAUACACAGCUCAAGUACCAGGUUACCUACUGGAAGGAACAUGAAAAAAUGAUAGAGUUAGAUCCUAGUCCAAAUACAUCAAUCGGACUGGAAGAGCUUGAACCCGGUGCGAUGUACUGCGUGGAGGUGAAAACUGUUGAGGACUAUUGCCAUGUCAAUAACCAAGUCGGCAAACCAAGCAAAGUUGACUGCAAAUACAUUUAUGAUAAUGAUCCAACAAAAGUGGUUGUCUUCGUGGUGCUGAGUGCAGUCAUUAUCUGUUUUUUUGUAAUUGGAUGCUUCUUCCUCGUGCGCUACACCCCUGGAUACGUCAAGAAUUUGCUGCAUCCAGCCUGGAAUGUCCCUGACCAUAUAGCAGAGUUCCUCAGCAGAUCCUCUGAGGGGCUGAAUGUCAGAUGUGUCUCUGAAGAAAAGUUUGACACUGUAUCUGUCCUUUUGGAUGACAGCAGCAGAAAUACAUCUUCAGUCCAAAGCUAUGAAUAAAGCAACGUUAAUGAUCUAAAUAGCCUCAGAUGCUGAAAAAGACAGAAGAAAGAAUUAAGAAAGACUAUUUGUAUCUACCAAUACUGUGACUUUGGGGGGGGGGGGGGGGGGGUCUUUUAAGUCUGGUGGUGUUUUGAUAUCAGCCCUGUUCGUUUCCAUUAGCCACAGGUUGACAUCAACCCGAUUUCAAUGGAGAGACUCUUUCAGCUAGUUAGGAUUACAGGCUGCCAGAAAUCCCUCCAACUCCCUCUGAAGGAGAGGAAAGGCCUUCAGAAUCAGACCCUGGCUUCUGUAGGAAAGGGUUUGUUUUGAAUUUUUACCCCAAAUAAUGCACUAAAUGUUUUUUUUUUCUUUUUUGUUAAUUUCUUUAUGGACAUUGAAAAUGUGUCUUGCAUGAGGGGUGUGGGGAUGGAUUUGAGAAUGUCGAACGCUGCACAUUAAGAACAACUCAUCCCACUUUUAAAGGACUUGGUAUUGGACCUAAUGGUGUUGGUUGGGAUGCCUUAAAUGUGUAGAAAAGAACAGGAUCUCACAGCAACCUACUGUCAAGCAAAAUCAUGACAUAACUUGAAAAUUACUUGUUCCAUCCGAAUAGGCAUGGGAGCUGCUAAAAGAAAGAAGUCACCACCAGAUGUGUGUCAAUAAAGCACCCAAAAUACUGAAUAUUGCCAAGACAGACUACUGUGGAUUUCACAACUAUUCAUACGCCUUUUUAAAAAUUUGAGAGAUAUUUUUUUAAAGUUGUACUAUUUCUAUUUAGGAAACAACACACACACACAAUUGUAUUAAUCCAGUCAUUCACCCUCUAUAUGCCAAGCAUGCAUUCAGUGGCCUUUUAGGUGACAUGCAUGACAAAGCCACCCGACUGUUUUCCAGUAAGGUGAGGAGCUCUUUGUCAAACUAGUUAGAUUUUCCCACUCGAGAAUAAUUGAGACUUCCUUGAUUCAUCUUUUUUCUUACUGCAGCAGACUGUUGUAAUUCCAUUGCUAGGAAGGUCUCGGAGGCUGUUUGCCUUUGUUCCCCUUUGUUUACCACUUCUUUUCAAGUUGACAAAUGGUUUACGUAGAUUAAGUGUCUUCUUCACCAUACACUGAGCUGUGGCUUUCGGUAGUCUUAGUUUAUAGAACUUAAAUAGCUCUAUAUCUAAUGUAUGCUGAUUGUCCUUUGGUUUUAAUUUUCACACUACUGUCAGUUCUUUACCAGAUGUUCAGACUAAUUUUAACUGUUAACUCAAUCUACCAAUUUAGCAUAUCGUAGCACAUGUAAGGAAUGCUUCUUGCUGUAGGGGUUAUCCUCUUAUUACAAUAGAACUUGUCAUAUCCGAUUUAACUGAUCUCAGAGGGAGUGGUUAUACUACAUUGUUGUGGCAUUAUUGACAGCAGGGCAUUCUAAAUUAACAAUAUAGGGUACAUCAGUGUAUCUAAAACACCAAAGUAUAGUACUGCACUUAUACUAUACAAAGAAAAUCAAUGAAAAUGAAUGCAAAACCAAGCACUGUAAUACAGUAGUUGGCAGUUUACAAAACAACACUCUUGCUGUGCUUUCUUCGCCCAUAUCAAGCUGAUCCGACAGGUUUGUUUUUUUGCAUCGUGCUUGUUAACCCGAGACAGAAACAACAACAUGAAAGCAUGCAUACAAACACAAACUGGCUUUGGAGGUUGGCAAAAAAGAUCUUGUUUAAGAUUUUUUAACAAUACAGUAACUAUUAAUCCCUGGGCAGCUGUGUGAAGUGACACCAAGUAAAAGGUGAAACUGAAUUCCCAAACAUAGUCUUUUCUUUUUUAACUGCAGCUGUCCAAUCUGUCCUGCUAAGAGCUGCAUUUACUGUUUUAGACCUAUAAAAAAAAAAAAAAAGUGCAUU